CACUGGUAGAUACCGGUGGUAAAACCAUGUAGCAAACGAAGAUACAGGCGCAAAAAGCUCCCGCGAUCCCGCGAAAUCCAAUCCAUUCCAGCGUCAGAACAAGUCAGAGUUCUUACCUCAGUUGACAUUUAGAAGUUCUCUGGGUUGGCGAGCCGGCACGGCAUCAGAUCUUAGGAAUUAGUGGAUUCUACUAAGCAAAAUGUCAAAGUCAUUCUGAUACUUUUACUUUUAUCAAAGAGAUUGGAAAGCAGAACUUCCAACUUCCAACCUUGCCAACCUCCAACAACGCACACAAUUUUUUUCAGCUGCAAACCAAAACAAACCAUUCCUACCUACCUAGCUAGUACAUACCUGGUACCAAUACCUACUCAUCCCUCUCAUCAAACUUUCACAAUGAAUCCUUCAUCGAACCACAAGAGCUUGACGUUUGCCCUUGAUCGUCAGUUUCCAAGAAAGGUAACUCCUGAAGCAUCGAGGACUAUUGUUCAGGUCACUGCAACCUUGUCAAGUGAUGGCGUGAAACAAGGGUCCGAUUUUGUUUGCAACAGUAAACGUCGCUCGAGCAUUCCCUUUGUGGACAUGGAUCGAACGGAGCAGCGUCCUUUGUUGCCUCGCCCUGAUGCUUCCAAGAGAGCACAAGACCUUCUGAGGGUUCUCCCCGUGCGAAAGUUUGGUCUGCGCAGACGCCCUCAGCGAAAUACCUCUGGUUCGCCUGCUCCUUCGAUCGUCCUACCAAGUCUCCCACCAGUCGAACAGACCGAGGCCAGUGAUACUGAGAAUCAAGAGCCCUGCUUCACACCAGCACCCCCUUCCAAGAGACCUCGGUUUUCAUCCCCUCCCGCUCUUCAUCAGCUCUUUGCAAGCCGUGAACUUUUGUUGCCAGAUACCUCAAGUGUUCCCGCGAAACUCAUGUUUCCCACCAUCUGAUCAGAUAUGGUCGCAUAGGUACCUUCUCCACUCCAAGCAUGCAGAAACUCUUUCUCCGGCAACAUUUUUCAUCAAGUUACACGUUCGUUAAGUCACAUAGAAGUCUGGGAUAAAGUACUAGAGUCAGACUGUCUUUUU